AUAAGCAAUGAGUUCAUAACUUAAAAAACGUUAGAUUUUUCAACGACUAAAGCUAGUUUAAAUAUUAUAGUUUUAAAUAAAUAGAAAUUAAUGUUAAAAAAAAAAAAAAAAAUUUCUUCUAAUAUUUGUUACUUAUUAAUAAAUUGUGCAUUGUAGGUAAAUUAAAAAUGAGUUUUAUUCAAGAAAAUGAGGAUGUUAACAAAACACAUAUUGAUGCUAUAAAAUUGUUGGAAGGAGCAUUACAAAAAAUGGAUUCUAUUAUAUUAUCAGAACCUACAAACACUCAUUUACCUAACAGUCCUGAUACAGACAAAGUUUCAAAUAAUAAUUUGGAUCAAAAAAAAAAUGAAAAUUGUGAACACUUGGAAUCAUUUAAACUACAAGUGUCUAUGUUGAACGAUCAAGUUGAUAUUCUUUUGCGAAAAUUAAAUCAUCUUGAAAAAUAUCUUUCACAGCAAAAUGAAUUAAGACUGAAAGCUGAAAAAAGACUUUGUGAGGAAAUUGAUGCAAAGUCAAGAUUAGAAAUUGAAAAACUGGAAGCAAUGGCAUUAUUAACUAAUUUAAAAUUGGAAAAUGUAAAACUGUCUAAAGAAAAUAUGGAAUUAAAAGAAUUACUUAUAAUCAACCUAAAUGUAAAUGAUAAUUCAUUGAUAGUUCCUAAUACUACUAAAGUUACAAACUCUAAUUUUCAACGAUCAAAAAGCCAUGGACCACGUUUUUAUAGUAGUUUACCAAGACAUAUUUUAUCCAAAAACAAAGAAUUGAAGGAUAAUGACAAUAAUAACAUAACACCUUUAAAUGACAUUACUGAAUCAUGUGCUAACUUAUUUGGUAAUAGUUCUCAAUUCGACAAAUUUUCUUCUGCUCCUAAUCUAAUUGAUGUUGAAAUCAAAGGUCAACAUUCACAAAUUUCUCGAAAGAAUCAAAAUUAUCUAAUUACUAAUAGUAAUUUGCUUCAACAAAAUUCAAAUGUACCUUUCAGCCAAUGGGAUCGUAAAUUGUUAUUUGAAUGGUUUUCUAACUUAAGACUUGAAUAUAUUUUAAAUCAAUCAAAAUCAUGGCCUAUAUUAGGCAGUGAUCUACUUUCAGCUUCAUUCAAAGAGAUUGAUGAAAAAAUUCAUUUUAAUCACUGGCUACAUCGUAAAAAAUUGAUUUUGGAAAUACAAUGUGAAAAAAAUAGGGAAAAUGUGUUUGUGAAUGAUAAAUAUUUGCUCAAAGCAAGAUUUUUAAAUACAGCUUGGGUACUUCACUGGUUGGAUGACAUUGGCUUACCCCAGUAUAAAGAAUCAUUUUCUCAAGCAGCAGUUAAUGGCACUGUGCUACAUAGACUUACAAAAGAUGAUUUCUUGACUAUGCAAAAUGUUAACUCUGAAUUACAUUUAUCAAGCCUCCGUUGUGGAAUUAAAGUGUUAAGAGAAAACCAGUUUGAUCCUGAAUGUUUAACUAGACGUUCCAAUUCAAACAAUAGUGAAGACAAUCAUAACUUAUCUUUGUGGACUACACACAGAGUAAUGGAAUGGCUUUGCUUUGUAAAUUUAGCUGAAUAUGCCUCUAAUUUAAGAGGUUCAGGUGUUCAUGGAGGGUUAAUUGUUUAUGAUGACAGGUUUACUUCUGAUUUGCUUGCUGACAUUUUAUUUAUUCAACAAAAUAAAACUUUAUUAAGACGACAUUUAAGCAUACAAUUUAAUGAACUUAUAGGAACAGAUUUAAAUAAAAAAAAGAGAGAUGUCCAGAGUCAAGCAAAGUUCAAACCUUUAACAAUGUCUUCCAGAGUUAAAGGUCAAAAGAAAUCACAAUUUUCAUUAAAACGAAAGAAAAAUUAUAAUGAAAUGAUUAUUGGUGACUUAAUUUGUCCCCUUGAAAAUGAACCAAAGUUAUAAAUAAUGAAUAGUGCAAUUGUAACUAGAAAUACAAUAGUAUAAUAAGCACUUCAAACUUACACCAAAGUAAAAUAAUUUUUAAUCUGAAGUACAAAAUUGAUUAACUAAUCAAAACAUAAAAAUUAUUUAAUAAUUAGUACAAAGAUUUAGAAUAAAUUCAAAUCAUUAUGUAGAUUUUGUCUUGGUUUGUAAAUUUUUACUGGUACCUAAAUUGUACCACAACAUUCAAUUCAUUAUUAAUGACAAUAAAAUAAUUUAAAAGGGUAUUAAUACAUGUUAUAAGCUAAAAGCCAUUUUACUACUUUGAAUUAUUAUUUCUACUUAAUUUAAUUUU